AUGGCUUUCGGCGAUCGCGGAGGUCGUGGCGGCUUCGGCGGUGGACGUGGUGGCGGACGAGGUGGUUUCGGCGGCGACCGCGGAGGUCGCGGCGGUGGACGCGGUGGCUUUGGUGGUGACCGUGGAGGUCGUGGUGGUGGACGUGGCGGCUUCGGCGGUGGUCGUGGUGCUCCCGUUGGCCGUGGUGGCGGAUUUGGCGGUGGACGAGGUGCUCCCCGUGGUCGCGGAGCUCCCGGCGGCCGAGGUGGUCGCGGUGGUGCCCGAGGCGGUGGAAAGCCCGGUGCGCGCGGUGGCUCCAACGUCGUCGUCAAGCCCCAUCGUCACCCUGGUAUCUUCGUUGCCGAGGGCAAGGAGAUGCUGCUCGUCACCAAGAACAUCGCCCCCGGCGAGUCGGUCUACGGCGAGAAGCGCAUUUCGGUCGAGACGCCUGGCGCCGGCGCGGACGGCACGACCGCCAAGACCGAGUACCGUGUCUGGAACCCUUUCCGAUCGAAGAUCGCCGCAGGUGUGCUCGGUGGUCUGGACAACAUCCACAUUGCGCCUGGCAAGAAGGUGCUCUACCUCGGUGCUGCGAGCGGAACCUCGGUCUCGCACGUCGCCGACCUGGUUGGUCCCGAAGGCAUUGUCUACGCCGUCGAGUUCUCGCACCGCUCCGGUCGUGAUCUGAUCAACAUGGCCAAGAAGCGCACCAACGUGAUCCCCAUCGUCGAGGACGCACGACACCCGCACAAGUACCGCAUGCUCGUCGGCACCGUCGAUGUCAUCUUUGCCGACGUCGCCCAGCCAGACCAGGCCCGAAUCGUCGCCCACAACGCCGAGUCGUUCCUCAAGAACGAGGGCCACGCGCUCAUCUCGAUCAAGGCCAGCUGUAUCGACUCGACAGCACCCGCCGAGGCCGUCUUCGCCGCCGAGGUCAACAAGUUGAAAGGCAUGAAGUUUAAGCCCAGGGAGCAGCUCACGCUCGAGCCGUACGAGCGUGACCACGCCAUGCUCGUCGCUCAAUACCAGCGUCACAAGGCAUAG